UAGAUUUCUAAUAUUUUUGAGUAAAAUUUCAAAAUUAGCUUCGUCAAUAUUCUUCACCGGAGCACUGGUCUGAAUCGACUAAUUAAUCAAUAAAUGAAAACGGCAGAGUAGUACAGCACCUAGAAUUUUCGAGCCUCUUCAAUUUACCAGGACUUGGCACAGUUGAUAUUAUUUCCUGCUCAUUUCGCUUCACUGUAAUUUUUUGAACGGGAAAGAAACAAAGAUGUUGUCUGGACCAGUGGUGAAUGCGUAUCCUCUGUCGAGCUACACGUUUGGCACAAAGGAGCCCAAGAUGGAGAAGGAUACUUCUGUUGCUGACAGGCUCGCCAGAAUGAAAGUCAAUUACUUGAAAGAAGGCAUGCGGACAAGUGUUGAGGCUAUCCUUCUGGUGCAGGAGCACAACCAUCCUCAUAUACUGCUACUGCAGAUUGGAAACACUUUCUGUAAGCUUCCUGGAGGACGAUUGAAGCCUGGUGAAAAUGAAAUUGAAGGGUUGAAGCGGAAACUGUCAAGUAAACUUGCUGCGAAUUCAAGCGCCCUACAGCCAGACUGGCAGGUGAAAUAUAAUCUGAGAUCUAUAUAAGGCACAUUUGUAUUAAUCUUACAAUUUUGUGGUUUUCUACUGUAUUUGCUUUG